UUCCAGUUCGAGUUUUCCACCCGCAUCGGUAAGACCAGUUUUCGGCGGUGGGUCUUUUGACAUUGUAGUUCAAAGAGGUAUUACUGUAAUUGUGUUGGUGCUUUUUCCCACACUUCAGAGAUACAAAGAAGGAUCCAUCGAGGCGGGAUUUGGUGCACUUGAGAACGCUGCUGUCCUGUUUACAAAUUACAAUCGAUUUUCCGCAUAGCGUAGAAUUUGCCCUUUUUCUUCAGUAAUGUGCAUUUGUGAUGAGUGAAGCAUUGAGUGUGGUGCUUAAAAUUUAAUUCUUUCGAAGUUUAUCAACCAACGGGAGAAAUUUGAAUGAACCAUGGCUGAGCCAUUAUCUCCCUCCCAAUCAACAUUCAAACAAAAUUUCGAUCUCGUGACUCCGGAAUUUGAGGAAGAUCCUAAAGUGCUGUGGGGCGUUCCCGUUCCACCGUUCGUCUCCGAUAAAGUGGUCUCGUGGGUAGAAGAAAACUUUCCCAGUCCACCGCCGCAGUUUAUCGAGUUUCAAGGACUAAAUGUGUUGAGAAAGAUCGAAAAUGUGCGAAUGAUAGACCGAUACAACAGCAAAAAUCCAACGGUGGGGGUGUUGUACCUCACGGCGACACAUCUUAUUUUCGUCGAUCCGGAUGUCAACAAGGAAACAUGGGUUUUAUAUAUGCACAUUGCUAGUGUCGAAAAGCUUCCACUGAGCACGACGGGCUCUCCGCUACUCAUACGCUGCAAAACAUUUUUGUCUAUCACGUUUGUCAUUCCCAAGGAGCGUGAGUGUCAUGAUGUGUAUACGACGCUGAUGAAACUAUACCAGCCGGUAAACAUCAAGAAUCUCUAUUGCUUCCAAUAUACAUCCCAUGCCAAAGAGUUGCCAAAGACGGUAGGGUGGGAUUAUUUCAAACUGGAGAACGAAUUCAAACGUAUGCGGACCCCCAACGACCACUGGAGUCUUUGCACGCUAAACCAAAACUACGAACUAUGCGACACCUACCCCCAACAGUUGUACGUGCCAUCUGAGGCGACCACUGCAAUGCUGCUGGGUAGUUCUCGCUUCCGGUCUAAGGGGCGCCUUCCGGCUUUGACCUAUUUACAUUCAAACAAGGCAUCGAUUUGCCGUUGCAGUCAGCCGCUCUCCGGUUUUAGCGCCCGUUGUUUGGAAGACGAACAAAUGUUGGAAGCGAUAAGGAAAACCAAUCCCAACUGUGGAUUUAUGUACGUCGUGGACACGAGACCAAGGAUUAAUGCAAUGGCGAAUCGUGCAGCCGGAAAGGGAUAUGAAAAUGAAGCAAACUACGAAAAUAUCAAAUUCCAAUUCCUCGGCAUCGAAAACAUUCACAUAAUGCGAACAAGCUUACAGAAAGUCAUCGAAUGUUGCGAACAGAAAGCACCCACCAUGAAUAGUUUUCUGAGCGCACUUGAGUCUUCCGGUUGGCUUAAGCACAUACGGUCAAUAUUGGAUACAUCUAGCUUUAUUGCGAAUGCCGUCGACAAGGGAAUUUCCGUUGUUGUACAUUGCUCCGACGGCUGGGAUCGUACCGCACAAGUUUGUUCGUUGGCAGCGCUAAUGUUAGAUCCGUAUUAUCGCACUAUCAAAGGAUUUCAAGCACUUAUCGAAAAAGACUGGCUAGCGUUUGGACACAAGUUUAGCGAUCGCUGCGGACAUAUCCAAAACGAUCCGAAGGAAGUGUCUCCUGUUUUCACCCAACUGUUAGAUUGCACUUGGCAAUUGAUGCAACAGCGCAACGACGCAUUCGAAUUCAACGAGCGCUUUUUGCUGAUCUUGCACGAUCACGUUAUGUCUUGCCAAUUCGGAACGUUUGUCGGAAAUUGCGAGAAGGAUCGUCUGGAUCUGCGGCUGUCGGAGAAGACAUUUUCCCUCUGGGGAUAUAUGUCGAAUCAUUUGAAUGAGUACAUCAAUCCACUCUACCGGCCGGAAAUGGACGAAACCAUACGACCAAAUUUGGCUCCUCAAUGCAUAAAGUUCUGGCGUGGAAUGUACAGUCGAUUCGAAAGUGGAAUUCAUCCGAGGGAACCUUUGGAAGACAUGCUGAUUGCUAGCAAGGACCAUUCAACAUCACUGGAUGAUCAUGUGCAAUUAUUGACUAGGCGUAUCAACAGCUUCAAAAACAUGAUUUCAAAAUCAGCGAAGCGAUUACAGGGCAGCAAAUACGUUGACAACCGUACCAUAGAGGUAAACGACAAUCGCUACAAUUACGAUAAGAGACUGAGCGAGCUGUCCUCUGCUGAUGACGAUCACCCACUCAAGACUUCCAACUUUUCUUUUUCCAAUCUCUCCUCAACCGAGUGCAAUGAGAAUGUCGUUGACGCGAACAAAGUCACGGAGGAAAUUAACUCGGUUGCCAUCGAAUGGAAGCCUCUUAGGAGCGUAUCGAACUGCCCUUCCUGUUCGGUGCCAUUCGACCAAAUCACAAGAAAGCAGAACCACUGUUGGAGAUGCGGCGGGGUCUACUGCAGUCGCUGCAUUGACAAAUCACUCGCACUGGCUGGUCAUGAUAGUGGCAACGUGGUGCCGGUUUGCAAGAACUGUUAUCGCGUCGCGACGCAGGUUAGUCCUACUUAAGCGUUUAGAAUUUUGCCCUGUACCUUUUUUGUCUAAUAAUGUAGCUUAGCUUCACUGGCCUUAGAAGCGUGACUGUUCCAUGUAACAAUGAUGAUCAUAAUUUCUACAUUUUGUUUUUGAAUCAUUCUGGAAAGCGUUAUAGAAAUAUGACGCGAAAUCGUCUCUCUCCUAUGCGAUUUCAAAGUCGCCCAGAAACGAAAAACAAUGUGGAAAUUUAUUACCGCCGUGCGGGGUGACAUUGGGCCUAGGGGGUGACUUUGACCGCCUCUUUCGAUGCAUCUCAUGGCUAGCAGGAACGCCAAAAAACUAAUCUAUGACCAUCUUUUGGCUAUUUAUAACGUAUUCUUGAAGCUUGACAUAUUGUUUUGAUUAUUCCGGCAUUAGCUUGCUGUAAAAAUAUUGGCCCAAAGUCACCCUUAUGGAUCAAUGUCACCCCGCACGAUGGUAGUUUUGAUUUAUAGACACGAUUUUUUCGAUCGUCGCUUCCGUAAUAUGGGACAGUUAUGCUUCCCCUGGCAGUACAUUUCAUAUGAAUAUAUUGUAAAUUAGUAUGGAUAUGUAUUAAUGUAUGUUUAAAUUUAUGAUGAUGGUCUGUUAUAUUUAUUUAUAGUCUUUGAGUAAAAAACUAAUUAAAAUACAAAGGUAGUGCAGAAGAAAGGAAUACACAGAAAACCGUUUAUGGGAUUAGCGUUCCUAUUAUUCAUAUUAUCUUCAAUGAUAAGCUUACUGUACAACAAAAACUGAUUGAAGAUUGAAUUAUAAAUUAUUAUUUCGCUUUCAAGGAUAAAGUCAACAAAUGUUUUAAGGUACACGAUACACGGUGACAAAUAUUUGACUGGGAUCUAACAGCGAUACAAGCAUUCAUUUGAAACUAUUAGUUUUUUGUAGCUUCAAACGAACGUUCUUCAUUUCAAUGACAUUCGAAUGUUUGACCUCGUGUACUGAAGGCUUCACACUAACAAUGAUUAUCCAGCUUUUUACGAGCGCUAAUGGUUGCCGCCAACAGGCUCACUUUCUAGUAUUAUUUAGUCGAUUUGACGUUUGGCUUGGGUUGGCUCAAUAUAAAACGACCCAAGCCAAACGUCAAAUCGACCGAUCCCUACCAGAAAGCGAGCCUAUUGGCAGCAGCCAUUAGCGCUUUUAAAAAGCUGGAUAACAAAACGUCAGGUAAAACUAUUGGCUAAGAAUGAAUAAUAAUGGAACACUUCUUCUAUUUCAUCACGUCAUUUGCUCCUUCGUUUAUUCACUUGGAAAUUAUCGCUAAAACUUAAUUGCUUUUGACGUGUGCCCUCUUCAAGCACACUAUCAAUUGGCUCUUUCAAAUAGUUUAACAUAAGAUAACAAUCGUUCCCUGAUCUUCGUUCAGUCGAUAUCGCUGAAAACAAAUGUUUCAAUUAAAAUACUGACUAAAACAAAAUGGUCAACUUUAUUUUUUACUGGUUCAAUCAGUAAAACAUAUGAUACUAGUUGAGCAAACACUCUAAAAUAAAGUUACACCAAAUCGCACUCUUCUGAGCCAACACACCUUGUAUG